AUGUUUGACUUCAUGACAACGACGGAUCUAGCGAGAUCUAACCUACCUAGCCUCUAUAAGCUCAACAAUGCUAUAGAAAAGAACUUAUAUGUUGCCAUGGAAGUGAUGGCGAGGCAAUGGCACCAUUACGGAGAAACAAACAGGUAUUCUAAGGACCAGUCAAUUGAGCUAAGCGACGGGCCGCCGAUAGAGAAACCAUCUAUCCUAAAACAGCUUCAAUAUCAGCGUCACCGAUACAGUCCGCUUUAUUACGAUGAACCGGCAGCCAAAUCGACUGUGAGCGGAGAGAAGCCUGUCAGAUUAUUGGAGCUCUUGCCGCCUGAAACCACGAAUAGUGACUUAAUCCGCUGCAAGCUACAUCAGUAUUCUCUGGACGAAGCGCCAGAGUACGAGGCUAUAUCGUACACGUGGGGUCUCGUAAAUACGCAAGACUUCCCAGUCAUCGUGGUCACAAACACUGAGACUCAGGACAGCACACUGAAGCCAGUGAAGGCGGAGACCGUUGAGAUCACAAGACAUUUAUACGCGGCGCUGAGGAGACUACGCUAUCUUACCCAGUCACGGUUUUUAUGGGCAGACCAAAUCUGCAUCAAUCAAGUUGACAAGGGGGAGAAGAGUAAGCAGGUACGGCAGAUGGGUGAUAUCUACGAAAAGUCCAAGCGCACGGUCGUAUGGCUGGGCGAAGAGGACGGAGACAGAGAUGUAAUCGCAGAGUUUUUUACAUCCCUGAGAGGCUCGCCGAAAAACUCUGUGAAGGACGACAUCACGCUGUUCGAGGGGCUCUUGGACCUCGAGGAGUCUACCUACACGCAACCGAUUAGAAUGCGUCACAAACAGUGGCGACGACAGGCCGUGACUCGACUUCUAAAUCGAACCUGGUUCAGCAGAGUGUGGGUCUUCCAAGAAGCCGUCGUCUCCCCCGAGGUCAAAGUCGUAUACGGAAGCCUAGAACUUCCACUCAAAGAGCUCCUUCGACUCACGCGUGCAGUCUUCGAAGUCGAAAAUGCUGCCGGUGGAUAUGCGCGCUCCAUAUCCAAAAGGACAGUCGGAUUCGACACUCUCUAUUUGGUUCAACAUAACCGAGUAGGUGGCUGCGGCGACCCGAACUGCCCACGAAACAGGGUUCCACGAAAUUUUCUUGGCCUUGUGAUGCAAGCCCUCCAACAACUACACGCCACGAAAGAACUGGACUUGAUCUACGCGUUUGUCGGAUUCGAGAGUCCGCAAGCCAACCCAAAGAUUGAGGUCGACUACAAAUUACCGGUCCGCACAGUCUGGAUGAAUGCAGCUAGCACUAUCAUCCAGAGCUCCCAUUCACUUGACAUCUUUGCGGCCGCGAGGGGCAACAAGGAGUGCAAGUAUGACCUGCCAUCAUGGGUCCCUGACUUUUCGACAUGCUAUCCCUACGCGCGACCGAUGACGGCGCCGGACUUCAACACGGCAUUUGACGCUUCAGGGGGUCUGCCGCACACCUGGGAAGGCGCAGCGGAUACGGAGACUCUUAUUGUCAAGGGAAAGGUUGUUGGCACGAUUAUGUGGUUUUCCCCAGUGAGCUUUGACCGCAAGUACUUUCUCGAGGAGCCCCGAGGUACAAAGACUGUGCUGGACUAUGAAAAUCACGCCACAGAAAUGAAGAGAUAUACCGACAUUCAGGGGGUCGUGACACCCCAGAAAAGACAAGAGCUAUUGGGAUGCUACAACACAUUGGUCCGUACUCUUCUUGCUGACGGAGCAUUUGGCUACGACCAACCGCUUGGGUACAGCAUAGACGAGAUCAUCCGGGUGUGCGAGAACGAAGAUAAGAUCCAAGCGACCAUCGACAAAGCUGGGCAAUGGUGCGAUGAUGGUGAUUAUAAGAUCUUGGAGAAAUUGCGAGAGUGGGGUCUUAUUGUUCAGCAGAAACUGUUGUUUCUUUCUGAUAAGCACGAUAUGGGUCUUGUGCCGAAGGCGGCGCGUGAGGGUGACUUGAUAUGUUUACUGCAUGGGUCGAGAGUCCCUUGCAUUUUGAGGCGGAGCGGCGUUGGCGAGGAGAGGUAUCGGAUUAUCUCGCAAUGCUAUUUGGACGGGAAGAUGUAUUGUAACGGAUUACCUGAGAGGGAAUGGUUAGAAGAGGGCGCUAAGAAGUUUGUUCUAGUGUAA